CGGAGCGGGGCGCGUCCCGGCGGCGGGAUCGGCGGGGCCGGACCCAGCCGAGAGGAGCAGAACGGAGCAGGACGGAGCCGAGCGGUGACGGCCCCAGUGGAACCGAACCGGACCGAGCCGAACCGGGCCGGGCCCUCCCGCCCCCCGUCCCGCUGCUGACAAGCGGCGGCGGGAGGCAGGGCGGCCCCGGCCGUCCCCAUGUGGCGGACACUGGCCAUCGCCUCCGCCUUCUUCCCGGGGCUCUUCGUCCUCUGCAUCCGGUUGCUGCGCUGGGCCGCCCCGGGAUGGAGCCUCAAGGAUCGCAUUCUCCUCAGCGGCAGGUUGGUGUCAACGGUCCAAGCCACCAUGGCAACAGUGUCGGGGAUCACAGUUGUCCUUAACUGCAAGGAUGUGGUGCAUGACAGGCACUGGCUGGCUGUCGAGUACAUCUGGGUCCUCGUUCCCUACAUGACCUAUGACAUUUAUGUCAUGUACCUCUGCCACUGGCACAAGAGCCUGGACAAAGGAGUCGCCGAGAAGAAGCACUCGCUGGCCAGCAUCUGGAGUUUCCUCCUGCAGGAGAGGCUGAUGGUGACCCACCACCUCUUCAUCCUCAUCGUGCUCACCCCCAUCACCCAGCACUUCAGGGGAGAGCUGGGGGACUUCUUUGUGGGCUGCAUCUUCAUAGCAGAGCUGAGCACUCCUUUCGUGUCGCUAGGCAAAAUCCUCAUGCAGCUCAAAAUGCAGGACACCCUCCUCCACAAGGUGAACGGGAUCAUCAUCCUGGUGACUUUCUUCGUCUGCCGCAUUCUCCUCUUCCCUUUCAUGUACGCAGCCUACGGCAGGCAGGUGGGGAUCCCCGUUUACAUGGUGCCUUUCCGCAUCCCCCUGCACUGCAACAUAGCCAACGCCUCCCUCAUCGCUCCCCAGCUCUAUUGGUUCAGGCUCAUCUGCCGCAAAGCCGCCCGGCUCUACGGCAGCUCACCCGCCGCCGACAAAAGCAGAUAAUGCCCCCGAGCCAUCCGGAACAGGCUCGGAGCCCGCCUUCCCCCCCCCCCGCCCCCGGCUCUUCCACCUUCACCACCAGCGCUCCGGGGACCACGGCGGGAGCUGAGCUGUGUGGAAGCAGCCGUUCCACGGGGGCUGUUUUGAGCUGGAACAACCUCACCAUCUGUAUCGCCGUGCCAGCCUGGGCUAGGAGGGCUUCCUUCCCACGCUGCUCCGCUGCCUUGUGUCCUCCCACCCGUGGGAGCCGGGGUAGGAACCAGCCAGGAGGAGCUCUGCCCGUAAGCAGGACAUUCCUUCUGGAUUCAAGGCUGCUCACCCAACUAACGGUUACACGAGAGGGGUUUGUUACAAACCCCACACACCCCCCCGCAUCUCACGGGGCUGACACCAGACACCAGGGAGCCUGCAGCGAUGCUGGAGCACGUUCAGCCCCAGGCAGCAGCACCAGGGACCAGGGGAGCCGCGUGUCGGACCUGCCACAGCCCCAACUUGCUCCUCUGGCUACAAGUUGCAGCCUCCAGCUGAGAGCAGAGCCAAGCCCGGGGGCUGUGGCACAGAUCUCUGCACAACCGGUUCCUUCACAGCCCGUUCCCGACCUUUAGUGACUUCACCCCUACACUACAGCUGCCUUCAGCCUCUCACCUCCCACUACUGCUGGACUGGGGACUCACUGAAGACUCCACAUCACCCAAAGGUGCUUUUCACUGCAACUGUCUGAUGGUUGGGGCUGAAAGUCCUGGGCUAGGGGGUCUCCAGCAAGGCUGGAAGGGAAGGAAGCUCACACCAGGAGAAAGGAAGAGUUGUGUUGUCUCACAGAAACGCUGGUAGGACAGACACCCAGGGCAGGAGAGGGACAGGCUCACCUUGAACCAUGGUGUUCACCACCUCCUGGGUGUGUGUGUGUCACCAGCAGUUUGGUUCCCUUCCCUCAGCCUCCUGUCCCCUGCUCCAGGGCAGGUUCUGCACCAGCGUGGCCCCACAGCACCCCCCUUGUCCAGAGACUUGUGGUCACAACGUGCCUUCCACUUUGUCUGAAAACAACAGCUGGAAGGGCUGAGGACCCAGGGUUUUUUUGGGUGUCAGACCCCAUCCUGGCCACAGCUGUAUCCUGGAAAGAAUAAAAUUAAAGGGCUCUUCCUAUCUGUGGCUGCUAGAUUAAGGAUGGGGACCAGCUGAUGUUACAAACUGCUUGUCACCCAUUACAGAUGUUUUGUCUCUCACCAUUUUUCAUUGCAAAUAACGUGCCUUAUGUAAGGGAACAAAAAAAAAAAAAAAAAAUAGCCAACAAGGCAUCUUGGUUUGCACUAACACUGCCCCUAUUUACUACAGCACCUCACAGGAGACCAAUAAAGAUUUCUUUCCUGA